CAACUCACAUGAUAAUUUACUGCGGAACAUAGAGUGUUUGGAGAAGUACGCUCUUAUGUUUCCGGAUACCGUGCUUUUCGUCAAGGAUGUGCGCGACAAAAGCGAACAAAAUGAGAUUUGCGAAUGGAGCUACUAUUGCCGCGGACAUCGGCUGAAGAGCAUCGAUUGUAUCGCGAUUCACUACUCUUCUGAAAAACGCCUAAUCAAGGUUAGUCAUUUUAUUCUCUAG